UCCGUAUUACGUCCUUUGGGGGCGGAGUCUCUUGUUGGUGACCUCCAGCAUCUCUGCGCUGUGCCUGAGGAGUUCGGCGCUCGUGGAGAGAAGCUUUCCUAAGUGUAAUCAUGUUCCGGCUGGAAGGUCUGGGGCCAAAAGCUGAUCCAGAGGAGAUGCGAGCCAAGAUGCGGCGGGAUGUCGUCACCUCAGUGCGGAACUUCCUCCUCUAUGUGGCCGUACUGAGGAUCACACCUUUUAUCCUGAAGAAAUUGGACAGUAUUUGAUGAGAUGACCAUUCCCUGCCGCUGUAACCUACAGAUAACAUGCUUUGAACCGAUUUAUCAUCUUUCAACCUAUGGACUGAGCAUCUUUUACACAGUCUGAGCACCAGUAUGCUUUCAAGAGAAUUUUUAUUUUCUAUGGUGCAGGAUAUGGAGAUGCACUGUAUUUGGCCUGCAGGUCACCAUGGUUGGGAUAUUACAAGUAAUGAAAGACUGUUGGUUGUAGUGCCAUUGCUCCCCUGAUAUUGUAGUGUAUGGACCUAUUCAGAGGCCUUUCUGUGACUUUUUUUUUGAAUAAAGAAGAAAUGUUUUCUUUGAUUGUAA